CAUCUGCUCGCUAUCAUGCCUGGUGACCUACCGUGACUUUUUGUCGGACCGGCCAUCAUCUUGAAGGCGUCCCGUGGAUCAGUGCACCGCGCCGUGGUAGCACACGUAUAAGAAAGACAUAACUGGCAAUUGUCCUUGACCAUGCUCUUCCAAACAGUUUGUAUCCUCUUCUUCUUCGCGGCCGUGUCUAUACAGGCCCUGCAAUAUGUCGAGCCCUUCACUGCUACCCUGUUCAGCCCCCCAUCCAACUACAUAGUUCCGCGCACACUCUAUGCACGAACUCUUCGUCUUGCGAAUGAUGAUAAUGUAAUCCUGGCCACAUGGGAAAAUUAUUCGCCAGAACCUCCUCUGGUUUAUUUCCCUAUAUACCGCUCCUCAGACCUUGGGCGGACGUGGACGCAUAUAUCCAACAUCACAGAUGAUGUGAAUGGCUGGGGGCUGCGUUACCAGCCGUUUCUGUAUGAAAUGACGGAGGAUAUUGGGACAUUUCAGGCUGGCACCAUUCUCUGUGCUGGUAACUCGAUCCCAACAAACCUUAGCAACACUCAAAUUGACCUCUAUGCGAGCACCGACAAAGGAUAUACUUGGCAGUUCGUUAGCCACAUCGCUGCCGGUGGCGAAGCACUGCCUAACAAUGGCCUUACGCCUGUUUGGGAGCCCUUCAUUCUCACGUACAACCACCAAAUCGUUGUAUAUUAUUCUGAUCAAAGGGAUCCUGAACAUGGACAGAAGCUCGUACACCAGGUGUCCUCUGACUUGAUAAAUUGGGGAGAAGUCGUAGAUGAUACCGCAUACGACACGUACGACUGGCGCCCUGGCAUGCCGACGAUCGCUGAACUCCCGAACGGCCAGUUCAUCUUCACUUACGAGUUUUACGGGGCCACUGAGGCCAACUUCGCUGUGUAUUACCGUCUUUCGGACUCUCCCCUUACGUUCGACUCUGCCCAGGGAUACGUGGUGAGGGCAGCCACGGGACAGCUACCGACGAGUAGUCCAUAUGUCAACUGGACACCGUAUGGGGGAGCUAAUGGAACGAUCGUUGUUUCCGCCAACAGCCAUAGCGGUGUGUUUUUGAACACGGAUCUCGCGGCGCCAGGAAGCACUUGGACAUAUGUGGCUACUGCAUCCUCCAGGUCAUAUACCAGAGAGGUGAAGGUGAUGCCGAGCAAUAACCAGAUCAUGCUUACCGGAGGCGGGGUUCUGAACGGGGGCUCGAAUACUGUUACCACGACAGUUAUCAACCUUUGAUAGUGGGUUUACGUGUGCUUAUCGCUCGAUCAGUUGCUUUGAAUGAAUCUCUUGGCUUACGAUCGCCUGGACAACCUAGUACCGCCCUUUCGCAAUCACCUGAUGCGAAGGAUGCUGUACAGAAGGUAGAAACGGUUAAAUAGCCAUCUUAAUCACCCUUUUCUCCCGUCGCUGUGAUUGAUUCACUUGACCUGAGUGCUGGCAUUCUAUCUUUCGACGCUGGACCGUCUGUUCAGAAACU